AUGAACUAAUGAGCCAUGAGAUGGCUCAGAAACCGCGUCGCAUGGGCAAAGUUGGUUGUCAUCCCAACCCCCCAGAUUGCGCUCUCAGUGUCUUGUGUUUGUGCUCUAGUCAUUCACAGUCGCUUUUGUAUUGGAACUAAGUUGUGAGAACACCCAUGCCAGUCAUGCGUUUAGGCUUUCAGCCAGACUCGACGUCAUAGUUUUUCUUGCCUUUCGCUACGGAUUAGGGCUAGAUAUGAGGGCUCUAUCGCACAGCAACAUUCUAGCGUGCUUUCUGCUCGCCGUCCUCCUUCCUUCUCUGUCAGAAGCGGCGGAGGUUCGGCUGCAGCGCAUCAAGAUCUUUCAGACGCACGACCUGCCGUUCUGGAAGCCGUCGGUGUACUUCCAGUGCGAGGGAGAGCCCAAGCGCCAGCUGGACGUGGUAGUUGAAGUGAACGUGGACUACAACUUCACUCUGCAUGAGCCCUUCCAGGUCUAUGACCACUUUAUAUCCCCAUUCUUCAAUCUACGGUAUGCCUCUUGGCGUUUUGCAGCCGCUUACGGAGCUCACGGCACCCCACUGUAAGGUGUGUGGGUUCUACGACGCCGACACGUUGACAGAUGACGACGCGUUCGACCGUUUCUUUCUGUGCCCUCUGGACUUCAAGCCGGCCUUCUCUGGCCGCCUCAAUUACCUGAUGCAGAGCGAGCUGAACGCGACGUUCAUCUGCCUGCACUGCAACCCGGAGAGGACAUCGCGGUCCUCUGGAGAUGAGUUCGAGGGGACAGGUAUCAACCAUCCGAAUCCACUCUAUGCGAUCUUCCUAGGGAUUGGUUUGGUUACGUGCUUAAGUUACCUCACUGUCCUUGUCGUCUCCUGGCUGAAAUCGGGAGCGUGGCCACUCUACAGACGACGGAUGGACAGCGACACCUCGAGGUUUAUGGAAAUGUUUGAGGAGGAGGAUGGGCGUCUAACCAUGUAUUUAGGCUGGCCAGGAUCUAGAGUUGGUGGAACCGAAGAGUAGUAAAAGUCAGCAGAAGACUUUACACCUUGCAAAGGAAAUAGGUAUCCAAAACAACAAGAUGAUAAUGGAUUUUACCAGCACCUUUAUAUUCUACGAAGUAC